UACAUUAAAAGUUGUUUUUGUUUGAAACAAUAUUGUUUCAAGGAAGUUGGAAGUGAAAAGUGUUAAUUAAGUGCCUAAAAUUUCAUGCUUGUGUCACUUUAGUAGCUCUCGUGAAUGAAGAUAUAAAAAUAAAAAAUAUGCAUAAGCGUAAAAGCAUUUACAAGUGAUACAAAAAUCACAAAGUUUCUCUGCAAAACAAAACAAAAAAAUAAGUUUUGAAUAAAUUAAUAAAUCUUAACGAUCUAAAAUUAAAUGACAAUAAAAAGCGACACUGACGGAAGCCGGUAAUGGAUACAACUGAUUUAAAUUCGCCUGAAACACCUAAAUACUUUACUGCAGUUCAAAUAACUAGACCGCAGCCACUAUAUAAAGAAUCAGCACAUUUCAUAAAGGAAUCGCCAGUAAAUCAAUUCAAAGUAGCAAAACUAGUUUUAAAGCCGAAACCCGUUCAGUCGAAAGCAAAAGUUCCGAUUAAAAACAAUCAGCAGAAAGAGUCAAAAGCAACAGUAUUGCCAGUACAGCCGCUAGCGAAUUUAUUUACGAAUGAUCAAAAUAAAAUCGAUGAUGCUGAUCAAUUGAUGAAGAAGCAAGACAUUGAACUUGAACGUGUAAAUAAACCAAAAGCAGUUAUUGAAAUAAAGACCUUGAAUUUGCAGCUACAGAAGCAAGCACCAGUGCAAUCGCCAGUUGUAAAUAAAUCAAAAAUGGAUGAAGGAGUGCGAAGUGAGGCAAGAAAAUUUAUGAAGAAGCAACGUGAAAAGAGAAAGAUGGAAGUGAAGAAGGAAAUCGACAAAUCAUUUGUCAUUAAACAACGCCUUGAGGAACUACGACAACAUACAAAAGAUGCAUUAGCGAAAAAGCAUGAGAACAAAAAAAGCCCAUUAAGUCCAUCUCCACCUUUAGAUUUUAAUUCAUCGUAUUAUUCAUUGAGUAACAAUAAGAUGAAGGAAAUAAAAGUACUACGAUUAAAGCCAAUGUCAGCUAACGAUGAUAUGAAACCUGAGGAUGAAACAGAAAUUCCAGUUGAAAGUACAGUAAAUAUACCUGACUCACCAUGUAAACAGCCGCUACCUAAAUCUCAAGCAAGCGUUAGUCCGAUGAAAUUAUCUCCAAAUCAACAAAACUCACCAAUUCGUUUAGAAGUAAAACGUCAAUCAUCCCAGCCAUCAACAAGACCUUCGUCAGAAAAGGAAAACAAAAAAUCAGAUAACAACGACGAAUUACGUUUAAUAGUUCCGGAUGUUAAGCUCAGCAUGGUUAAUACAUCAACAAAGCAAAUACUAAAUAGAUCAGACAUCUCAACAGUUCAUAAUCAAACAUUUGUCAAGCCUCUCUCAAACAACAUUCCUAUCUGGCUGCAAAAUUCAGUCGUUCAACCGUAUCCAUAUAAUUUUAUAUGGGCCGUGCGUAAAAAAUUAGAGGCAUUUACAACACAACACAAAAAUGACAGCACUAAGAAUGAGCAAUACACGCAUUUUAAUUUAGAAACACCACAAAUUAAGAAAAAUAAGAAAACGUCGAAAGCUCGAAGGCUUCAUCAUGGCAUAAUACUUGAAGAUGAUAACGAUUCAGACUCAAAUACCAAGUCUGAAGGAAUUGAAUUGCCAUCGGAGGCAAAUACAAUAUCAGAGAUAAGCUCAAUUAAGUCUGAUAUUGUGCCUGAAAAGUCUCAAAGUGUUGAAAAACAAUCGAUUGUUAAGUUCAGUACAAAUGAUGAUGAAACGAUAAUUAGUGAAUCAAUUUUCCAUACAAUCAGUGAUGAUCACUUUGUGGGAAAGAAACGAGAGAGCAUAAACAGUGAAUUUGAUCGAGCAUCGUUUGAUAAGAAGCUAAAGUCUCUCGGUCCUGAAAAUAUCUCACCAAACACGAGCGAGAAACAGAAUAAUUUUUUGUCAUCAACACUCAAAAAUAAUCAAGAUUCCAAAAAUGAGGAAAUAAGUUUCAAAAAACCCGAAGUUCCAUCAAAUGUUGAGCUAAAUGAUCUAGACAAUAAUAAUAAAAUAAAUGAAGAAAAAGAGGAAGAGUUUAAGAAGAUGUUAUUGGCAUUUAAUAAAAACUUAUCACAUGUUGUUGAGGUGAAUCACUUGCUUUCAAAUGCUCUUAUAAGCAAAUCAUCAUCAUCGCAUGCCUCUUCAUCAAUACGAUCAUCAGCACAACAAAAAAGUUUUGCAGAUUCGACCGAGAGCUCAAAGAGAGAUUCCGAUCAUGAUAAAUACUCGAGUUCGUUUGAGAAAAACAUUGAAUCGAGUGAAAGAUCGUCAAAAAUUAGCGAAAUGAUAGAAAAUAUGAUACAGGCAGAUACAAAGGAACAUCAGAAGGCAAAUAUAAUUGAAGAUAAUAGUGAUCAAAAUAGCUCCAUUCGUACUCUAAUUGUUGAGUCGGAAAUAAUUGAAGACCCACCAAUUGUGUAUCAUUCAGAACAACCUCAGGAAUUAACAAGCAGCACAACAAAAAUUACAACCACAAUAACGAAAACAAAUAACAAUUAUCAAGAAUCAACAAGCGACUCAAGGAAAAAUCAAUUUGAAAAUACAUUUAAUGAAAGUAAACUUAUAAGUAUGUUUAGGCUGAAUGAGUCUGAAGUAUCAUUUAUCGAAAGCGUAACAGAUCAGCCUGAUGCAAAUAAUCUUUUUAUUAAGUCAACAUCAGAGAUAAAGUCAUGGGAACAUUCAUUAAUUGAACGUACACGUGGUCAAAUUGCUUGGCUCGAGUUACAGAAGCGGAAUUUCAAGAAGCACGGAAAUGUUGAAAAGGUAUCGACAAUCAAGAAGCAACAGCGUGCAAUUUUACUAAGAUUAGAAAAGGAACGAAUAAAAAUGCGUGAAGAGAAUUCAGAAAAAUCUUUAGUACAAUCCAAAUAUGAUAAUUUAAUUGAUCAGGCAGUUGCACAGCUGGAAACAUCAAUGGAUGUUACUGGUAAUGAGACUGAUGUUAAAGAAUGUAUUGAAAGAAUCUUACAACAACGUGAACAGAAGAUUAUACAACGUCGUAAGAAAAUAGAACAUCUUGUUAACUGGCAACGUCGACUAGAUGAUGAAGAGAAAAAGCUUAAAUUGUUGGAACGAGAAUUAUUGAAUGCAAAUAAAGGCAAGUCUGUGAAGAGUCCAAGAAGGAAGUCAUCUCAUGAUGUUUUAAACACCUCAUUUGAAAUGGUUAAAUCCAUUGAUAAAAGUCUCAAAAUACUCGACAGUGAUGUUAUUGCAAAAGAAGAUGAGAAAGUUGAUGUAAUUGGCAGUAAGAUGAAUAAGUUAUGGUAUCGAUUAACUGGUUUGAAUGAGGAAAAAUUCCUGACUAAAGAAAUUUAUCAGUUAACGAAGCAAGAAAUUGCAAAGUUUUACGAAGAUGCAAAAGAGGCGGUUCUUGAAAGUGACUUGAAAAUAUUACUCGAUACAUCUGUAAUUUCACCAAAACCCGAAAAGAAAUCGGAAAACAUUGAUGAGGAAGAGAUAAAAGCUUUCAGUCGCUCUGAUACGAUGAAUUCAAUUGCAAAUAUUGAAACAGAAGAAGAAUAUCCCAACAGUUAUACAAAUGAGCAAACAGCAACACAAUCAGAAAAUGAUAAUGAGUUACAAGAGCUCAUGGCGAAUCAAAUGAAAGUUUUUGUUGACCAUAAGCGAGACACAGAGCAAACAAGAGAUGACAUUAUGCCAUUAAUUGCACCAUCACUUAUUACUGCUGUUAAUGAUAAGACCUUUCAAGUUCAAAACAUGACAAAUAAUGAGAGUCAAAGUCGUGAUGACAAAAUUAUUACCGAGAAAAUUUCAAUGUCCGAAGUGGAAGAGAUCGAAAUGAUUGAGGAAGAAUCUCAGAUGUUAAACACGGAACCAAUUGAAUCGAAUGAAUUUUCAGAAGUGUUUGAAGAAUCAUCAAUGGUGCCUGACACUCUUUCAACUUCGCAUGUCAUUCAAAUUACUGAUAUGGAUCAGGAAGAAGACAACAUUCAAAUGAUUGAAAACAUUUCAUUUCCGAAUUUAGAAAUUUCUCUCAGUGAGACGAUGCCAAAUGAUUUUGAUACUGAUCAUGAUCAUAAUUUAUCGACAAUUACGGAAUGUACGGAAUAUGAGCAAUGUUCAAGUGGUCCAAUAUCAUCAGAAAUUGUUACAUAUAGCAGCACACCGACUACAAGUGAGAAGCUAAACUCUGAAAUUGAGCAACGAUUAUUAUCUAUAAAUGACAGUCUAGAACAAGUUGAAGAAGCAUUCAAAAGAGUUCCAUUGACUGCUGCUGCCUCAAGUAGUGUGACUUAUUCAACAGACAGAGACUUUAUUGACUUUGAAAAAAUAUCAAGUGGCGAAGAAGAAAAAUAUACAAAAAGUGACCUAGCUUUAUCGCCCUCGACAACUGAAUCGGGUAGUCAAAUUGCAACAUCAACACCAAAAGUACUUAAUCAAGAUACUAUUAGUGAUGCUGAGUCACUCAAGUAGAGCAUUAAAUUUUCUUGACAAAAUUUGGUUUAAACGCACGUUUGCCUUAUUAUAAACUGUAGCUAAAUAAGUUAUACAAUUUUUAUAUCAAUGUUUCCAUUUUCACUUUUUUGUGUAUUUUUGAAUGGUUGUUUACAUCAGAUUUUUUAAUGAUGGUAAUAAUAAAGAAGUCAUUA